GAGCGCGACAGACAGGCGGUACCGUUUUCUGUUUCCCGUCGGAUCGAUUGGGUUCGGGAUCCGGCUGCCUGACCGUUUGGACACCUGUGGCUUGUGAGCAGUCAAAAUGCCAACUAACAGAGGAAGAGACGUCUCUGGCAGCGAUGGGGUGAGUCGUCCAAAGAACGUUCUUCGAGUGAAAGUGAACGCCGCAGGUUCCAGCUCCGUUGCCACAUCCUCUGCGGGAGAUGGACGGAGAGCCCUAGCAGCGGAUUCUGCCUCUACAGAGACCUCCAGUCCACCAGGGGGCAGCAGAGAAUCAGCCAGACAGAUGGAAAAAGACACGACCGCUGCCAAAAAGAACUAUCGGAGGGGGACCCCAGCAGCCCAGGUAGAGGUGAGGAAUGAGAUCUCUCUGCCAGCAGAGACCCCCCCUCGGAGCUCCCAAAAGAAGGAUGAGGAGGAGGAGCCAAGCGCAAGAGUGGAGGUCAGGCUGCCCAGCGCCGAGGCCAUGCUCCUGGGUAUGGGCACAAAGUUGGACAGGCAGGUGGUUGAGGAGGUGGAGCGGCAGACUCGGGGUCAGAGGGAAAAUCCCCUGUGGUUCGCUUGCCGCCAGAACCGGAUCACAGCCUCCAUCGCGCACAGCAUCUCCCACAGCCGCUUUGUCAAUGGCAGCAGCCAGACCCCGGCAGCCUCCUACCUGUCCUCCGUCCUGGGAGAAGGCCCCCGCGUGAUGACGCGUGCCAUGCACUGGGGCGUGAAGAACGAGGCCGUUGCCGCUAGGCAGUACGAGCGGCUGAAGAGCAAGCGGCUGGGCCGGCCCGUCCGGGUACGAGAGUGCGGCCUGUUCGUUGACCCGCUGCGCUGCUGGCUCGCUGCCAGCCCCGAUGGCAUUGUUGAAGAUGAGUCGACCGGCGAGCGUCUCCUCCUGCUCGAGAUCAAGUGUCCGUACAAGCAUCGGGAGCACACGGUGGCUGAGGCGUGCGAGGACCGCAACUUCUGCCUGGAGCUGGGGGAGGGCAGAGGGGCAGGGGCAGGGGCUCAGCGGUACCGCUUGAAGGCCAAACACAGCUACUACACGCAGGUGCAGUGCCAGAUGGCUGUGGUGGGGAUCCACAAGAUGGAUUUUGUGCUCUUCACCUUGAAAGAAGUGGCCAUCGUACCUGUGACCUUCGAUGCCCAGUUCUGGGAAGAUACCGUGGCCAAGCUGGAGCUUUUCUACACAGAGGGAGUGAUCCCCCGUCUGAGAGAGAAAGCGCAGCGAGCCGCCGCCUUGCGUCCCGAGCUGUAGAGCGCCUCUGUGCUGAGCAGGAGGGACAGACUGGUGAUGGGUGACAGGUUUACUCUUUUCCUUGGGGUACAAAAGGGAAGAGCAACAUAAUGAAGAUGUUCUGCAGCACUCCGAUUGGAGCGCUGUGCUCUGACCGACAAGGCACGUGGAUCCAGAGGAGAGGCGAACGGCAGAGCUCUGAAAAACACGCUGUAUACCGUGCUCAAAGGGGGAUAGAUAAAUAUGUUGAUGGAUGAGUAGAAAAAGUGAUUUGGAUUCCUGGUGUAGGAGUGUGAGCUGUUUAUAGUUACAGGGACAGUGAAAAUACCAAAAUGCUGUGUGCAAGAAACAGUUUAACUCCUCAAACUGUCAUUACUAUGUAACUUGAACUACCAACUAACAGGAAAACAUUUGCAAUUUUUAUGCAUAUUUUAUACAUUUUUAAAAUGUAUUUUUCUCUUUGAAGCCUCUUACGAACUAAGUACUAAUGAAAGUGUGUGUAAAUGAGUCUGAGAAAUUAUUAAAGUCUGAAUUACUGGUUCUGGUCCUUUCGUGAUCAGGAGAGCUGGUGGUUUUGAAAGUCUACUGUGAACACAGGUACUGACUACUGACCCUUUCACUGCAUUAAAAAAAAGCUGCUGGCCAGAAAAGAAGAUAAAUAGUGGGGUGUAUUUAAUCCCAUGGUGUUGCCCAGGUAGCCUGGGACACCCCUAAGCAGCCUCUCCCCUCCAGGGUCCUAAACUCCAAAUCUGGCCGUUGGUCGUACCCCCACUUAUUUUGUAUUAUUACAGAGCUGUAAUGUAGGCGCACACUGUGUCUAGAUCAACUGCGGGUGGAUGGUCCACAUCCUCAGUUCAGCACAGAUCAUGCUGAUUUACUAAGUGUGAUUUUAUUUAGUGUGAGGUAAAACUCAGUGUGAGCAAGUCAGAAACACACCCCCAUGUCUCACCUUCAGCAGCAGCACUUUGGAAUCAUUUUCAUUCCAUUCAUUUGAGCCUUUUGUCCAAGACGAUGUACAUUAUUCAUUAACUUUUAGACUGAUUUACAUCUUCCUUUAUCUGAUGCUUUUCUCCAAAGCAACUUACAAUGUUAAGA